AUGGACCCCUCGGACCCUCGGCACGGUAGUCACCCAUCUCAGUCGAUACCAGACGCCGCAUAUCCCGACGACUCCCCAUACCGACCUGGCGAUAGCAACCACAACACACCGACUCUGAAUCCGCCUCAAAUCAUCAUCCCUCAACCUCAAGGCCCAUCAACAUCCUCCUCGUCUCUCCCUCAACAAGCCUACUCACCACCCCACGCCGGAUCACCCUUCUACUCCAACCCAUCAUCACCAAACUCUGUCCCUUCACCAUGGCAGCAACAACAAUCAACAACACCGACGUCCCUCCACCCCCACGACAUCCCCUCAAGUCCUCCGCCGCCGUACGACCCAACCCAGCCGCCGGCAAUCUACUCCCCCCUCGAACCGGUCCUCUCCCAUCACCACAACCCCUCGCCGCCGGGCUCCUCGCACUACGGGUCGGCGCCAACUCCCUGGCCCGCAGCCCCCGCGCCAGCCGCGUACCAGCAACAUCAGCAACAGCAGGCGCCGCUGUCUCCGAACCCCUACAGUAGCACUCCCGGGUCCAGCGUGAACGGCGGCGUCGGCGGCGCUUAUAAGCUAGGUCCCGUCGCGGCGGCGAGAGCCCGGCGCCGGCGCAAGCUGCAGAUGUGCGCCGUGGCGCUCUGCUUGACGCUCCUCUUCAUGCUGGCUCUUAUAAUCGGCAUCUUGAUGGGAGUUGUCAAGGUGCAGUGGAAGAAUAACCGGGAUGACGACGACUAG